UUAUACUUUGGUCCUUUUCUUAUGUGAAAAUGCGAUUCUUACUUGUUUUCGUAAUUGUCCAAGUAUCUCAUCUCACGUCAGAAAGAGAUUCUUCCUAGUCUCUUUAAAUUUCUCUCCAAUUUUCUCAUUUGAUUUCAUUUUCUUUUCAUCUUCCAAAUCUUGUAAUCAUUUUGGAGGCUUAUAUUUUCAAAAUCGUUGAUAUUUUGGAUUGCAGGUUCUUCCUUGUCAGAUCUGGACUUUGGUUUGUUUUCGUUCUUGGAUCUUGUUUUGUUUGAUUGAGCAUGGCAGCUACAAUUGUUCCUGCAGUUCUUAAUCGUAGAAACUAUGACAGUUGGAGUUCUCGGGUUAAAAGCUCCUUGGUGGCCAAUGGUCUUUGGGGAGUUGUCGAAGGCACCCAUGACCAGUCAGGGGAUUGGAGGUCGAUGAAUGACAGUGCCUUACAUGCAAUCCAGAUUUCUUGCGGGGAUGAAAUGUUUAAAUAUAUAAAGGACGAAACCAGGGCCGAUAAAGCAUGGGAGUUGUUAAAACCUUCGAGACCAGGAUAUGAUCGAUAUAGUCGACGACAAGUUACAAUAGAUUCGAGGCCAAUUCGUCAAGCAAUGGAAGAAGAGCGCACUAUAGGGAUGGCAAUGGAAGAAGGGCGCACUGGAGGACAUGGUGAGAGCAAUGCCAACAAUAUCUGUAAAACUUUCAUCAAAUAUGUGGAGUCUAAAGAUUGGGAUAAUGCGAUCAAGUUUCUUGGCGAACAUCCCGGGCUGGGAAGUGCAAGAACUUCAUCUAACGGCACAGCUCUUCACAAGGCAGUCCAGCCGUUUAACAAGUGCAGCGUGCCCAAUAUAGAACAGUUGGUGGAGUUAAUGAAAAGGGAAGACUUGGAAAUACAAGACUCUAAAGGUUAUACAGCUCUUUAUUAUUUAGUAGAAGAACGUCCAGAAAGGGUUGAAGUAGCCAAACGCAUGAUUGAAAAGAAUGACAAAUUACUUACCAUUUUACCAAAUCAGCAGUCUCUAGUUGUCCGCGCUGAGAGGCAGGAAGAAGGGGAAAGAAUGGCUCGCUAUCUCUAUUCCCUCACUCCACGCGAAACACUAAGCGUUACAAAUGGCGCUCACCUUAUUUCUCUCGGUUUUCGUCUCAAGAGAUUUGAUAUUGCGUGGGAGUUGAUUCAAUAUUAUCCACAAUUGGCCGGGACUAGCGACUUCAUAGGGAACCUUCCCUUAGCAACAUUGGCCAGUAACCGUUUAGCAUUCUUAAGUGGAUGCCGGCUCAACUUAUGGGAAAAAUUGAUCUAUUACGGUAUACGCAUAAAACCUCUUCCUCCCACAUCCGAAAGUGACCAGAGUGAGCUAAGGCCUAUCUCAAACCAAAAAGAGAAUCGAAGGCAUCUCUUUUUCUCAGGUAUAUGUAUGUAUCUAAUAACCAAUAUUUGUCGGCCAUCAAAUUGGACUUGUAAUGCAGUAAUGGGUUUAUACCGAGGGCUACUGACGAAUCUCCAAAAACUUUUGGGAAUCAAUCGUGUAUAUGAGAUGAAAUUGAUGCAUGAACGGGUCCAGCAGUUUCUACCUCUCAUGUGUAAAGCCAAAAAAACUAGAGGUGAAAUUGUACCCUUACAAGCAGCACUGCGUAUUGCAGUAGAACGAGGGCAUGUGGAGUAUAUUACUCAUUUCUGCAUAAAUGAUUUAAACGAUGAGUCAUAUCCUAUACAUGUAGAGCAAAUUGAGAACGAAAAACAUCAGAGCUUGUUCCAAAUUGCCGUUGAAUGUCGUCACCACAAAGUUUAUAAUCUUAUAUAUGUCUUCUAUGAGUUGCUUCGAGAUCAAUAUGGCCCAAAUCGAUCCAAUCGACCACAGAGCAUAAUGGGGCGGACAGAUUACUAUCGCAAUAAUAUGCUACAUACCGUAGCAAGUAUUACCUCAUUCUCACAAAUUGAUCACAUUCGAGGUGCAGCUUUGCAAAUGCAAAGAGAACUACAAUGGUUCAAGGAGGUGGAGAGUGUUACAGAUCCCAAUGAUUGUGAAUCUAUAAACGAUGAUUAUAUGACACCGCGAGAAGUAUUUACGGAGAGCCACAAAGCAAUGGGGAAAGAGGCAGAAAAGUCAAUGAAGGAAAUAGCAACUUCUUGUACAGUCGUGGGUUCUCUCAUUAUCACCAUGAUGUUUGCUGCAGCAUUCACAGUUCCUGGUGAAAAUGAUGAAAAGAAGGGUCUUUCUACAUUCUUAACUAAAAACAUAUUUAUAGUUUCAGAUGCAAUCUCGCUUUUUUCUUCAACAACUUCAGUUAUCAUGUUUCUCGGCAUUCUCACGUCACGUUAUUUUGAAGAUGAUUUUCUCAAAUCCUUGCCCACAAAAAUGAUAAUAGGCCUUUUUGCUCUCUUUUUGUCUAUCGUUACCAUGAUGAUCGUCUUUUCUUGCACCCUUUACAUUAUGCUUGAUAGGAAAUCAACGAUUUUUAUUCCAAGCAUUUUGCUUGCUAGUGUUCCAGUUGCCUCUUUCAUCUGGAUGCAAUUUCCGUUGUUUGUUGAGUUAUUCAUUUCUACUUUUGGACAAGGAAUAUUUGAUAGGAAGCAGAAAAAUUUGUUUUGAAGUCCUAUGUUAUCUUUCGUUAGGUUUGGGUUUGCUACUUUGUAAGAAACUUGUAAGGAGAAUAUGAUGUAUGCGCAUUCUAUUUGGCCAAUUAUGUAUGUGUUUUUCUUUGGUUAA